AUGGUCAUCGUCGACGCACUCUGUCACUACACCCUACCGAUUAUGGACUCCCGGAUCCAAUUUGCGCGGACUACUGCUAGGAAGGCGACCAAGAAGACCGUAUCGAAGAGAUUCUGUAAGACAAAUGCCGCGUCCUUAGACCUAGCGUUCUACGAGGAGCUGAUACGCCUAAUCACUGAAGUCAAGCAGAACGAUUCCGUCAGCAACCCCGUCACCAUCUAUCGUAGCGCAAUAGGACUUCUUUAG